AUGUGCCAGUAUAACUUUGUCCACUACACAGCUUGCGACCACACGGUCGCGGAUGGGGAAAUUCCCAUCCAGCGCUGCAAGCCAAAGCAGCGCACGUUGUGGCAGAAGUCGUGCGACUCGGCCGAGUCGGUGACUAUUACACAGUGCGGGCUGUGCGAAGAGUGUGAGAAGAAGCUAGAGGGAAAGCUUCUAAAGCUGGAGAAGCUCCAGAACAAGGAGCUGCGCGCGGAGCAGAAGGCGAAGAAGAAGAAGAAGCAGGGGUAA